UACUACUUCCAUUGGAAUACUUCAUGGCGUUAAAAUAAAACUCUGGUUGUGCACAUAAAGUUGCUGAGAGUAAAAGAGUCAAGUAACAAAAUAGUGGAUAGCACAUAAGUUAUUAUUAAUAACGAUUUUUUUAGGAAAAAAUACUUUAUUGAUGUAAAUUAAGUUGGUGUAUGUAAAUCUACGGUUAUUUAAUGAGAUAACGUUGCAAAAGCAUUUCAUUGAAAAAAUAUAUAGUCCUAGCGAAACAGCGUGUGGAAAAAUCAAUAUUUUCCCAUAACAGACAAGAGUACCAACAAUAAUAGUAAUAUCAAAAAAAUAACUGUUACAAAAAUAAAUUAAACAAUUGAAACAAAAUGAGAUUAAUGAAAAUAAGUGAAAACAACAAUAUCAAAUCAAUUCGCAUUUAAAAAUUGGAACUUGCUACAUCAUAUACAGAUGACUAUGAACGCAGCUACCAGAAUGAUAUCAUGAAUGUAAUAAAACGCAUGUCAACCGAAGAAUCUUAACCUAAUAUACAUACGUAUAAUUGUUUGCACGCCAAAAUCAAAGGAUAUAUCCAAUUGUACCCUUCAGCUGGAUAUUUCAACCGUAUAUUAUUUUUGUGCAUUUCAUGUUUCUUAAUCGCUUUUUAAUGGACGUCACGAUCGGUCCCGAAACACGUCUUCUGCGACAAACCGCGGAAAUCGCUAUGUUUCUCCUAAUUUUGACUCAGAAUGUCCCACACAUCAGCUGCAGUUCCAAAGUUAUCGACUCUAAAGUCGGAGAUGGUUACGCAAGUUGGGCUGCCAUACAGGCAACAGGUGCAUUUGGCAGUCCAUUCACCGUAAAACCAGCAGACGCCGAUACGCAUCGCUUAAAAAAAAGAAUGGAUUUGGAACUAUGUUUGGGCAAAUAUGAAAUCCACAAAAACACUAUUAUUCGCACAGGCGAAUCACAAACACUUGGUGGCAAGUACUUACAAGGUCUUGAGCUCGACACCACUGAGGAAUGUCAACGUCUCUGUUGCGAAACGGAAUCCUGUGACGUUUAUGUCUUUGAAGAUAAAAGUGACGGUUAUUGUUACCUUUUCGAGUGUGGUCCACCUGAGAAUUUUCAUUGUAAAUUCACUCGUCAUACUAAUUAUACCAGUGCUGUGCUGACAGUCGCACACAAUUUGAAUGAAAAGACUACAAAAGCCCCAAGUGCAACAGAAGUGGUUGGUACCAAAAAUUUUUCGCAACAAGAGUGGGAAUUAACACGUUUAAAAGUAAAACCUGAAACGCAUGAUAAAAUGACGUCUGGAGCAGUUGGAUCGGGAAAGGUGCCUGUAGACAUUUCCACAGUAUAUAUGGUAGGAACGCCUGUCACCGCCACUUCUAGAGGAAACACGAAUAUAUUGGCAACAGCGGCACCAGAACCCAUGCUAGGAGCAGACCGAAUACCACCAAUGAGCUUGGCUUUUCCACAAAAUGUGUAUCCACCCCAUUGUGGACGUUUUCAGUUCCCCUGUCAUUCCGGCGAAUGUAUUGCUAUCUAUAAUGCCUGUGAUGGUAUACCACAAUGUGAAGAUGGUAGUGACGAAGGACCGGAAUGCUCAGGAGCUACCUCAACGGCAAAAUCGGAUGGUGACACUGCCUCCGCGAUCAAUGUAGAAGCUAAAGGUCAAAAGUUUGCUUCAGUGUCCCAAUAUCAGUCACCUCCUCUACAAGAUGUCGCAAAAUCACAAUUAAUCUCUAUGUCAGAAUUACAUCAACGACAACAGAAGGAGAGGCAGCAGUUAGCUCAACAAAACCUGUCUGGGGUUGCCUCCCCGCUGAUAAAUAAUCGUGAGGACGCUGCGGCUUGGGAAACUCGAAAAGCGGUUAGUCCCCGUCCGCAAGAGCAAGCAAUAAAUGAUGAUAUGAAAAAUCGCAUCUUCAGCCACAAAGGAGGAAUACAAGUGCCGACAACAGGUGUAAAUGCCAACAAUAGUCCCAAUAGUGUGCAGACCAACAGUUAUGCUAAUACAGAUACAAACAACAAUCCAAACAUCAAUUUGAAUCCAGCUUAUAACACUGUAACUUUGCAGCGUAACGGUAUUUACGUACCCCAAAUAACAGAUUUUACAACCGGCGAUAUGUACGUACCGCAACAGCAACAACAACAGCAAAUUCCAACACAACAACAAUAUGUCGUGCCAGUUGCUAUGAUGCCGUCGAAUGUGCAGUGGCAAAUUCAACAGUCAAAGCAAAUGGUUCUUACACCGCAAACGCACAUUUCACAACAACAACAAUCACUGCCAUUACCAUUGCAGCCACGGCCACCUUACAAUAUGAACUUAGUAGAUCAGCAACAACAAGCAAUUCCGGUAGCAGCCAAGGAAGCCUCUGAACAGUCUGUAAGAUACGUAAAUGCUCCCGCAGUAGCAUCGUCGCUACAACACAAAACAGAAGUAAUUGAUUCUCAACAGCAGUCAGUCGUACCUGUGACAUUACCGAAUGGGUCGCUAGUUGUUUCGAAAUCUGUAUCAGGAGAAUCUAAUACUAUACAAGCAGCAGCAUCUAACGUCAAAGUUAAAGAGCAAAAUAAUGAAUACGAGGAGGAAGAAAUGUCAACAUAUUCACCAAAAAAGAAGCAAAAAUAUCAUAAAAUGACCAACCUUCCGAAAAGUGAAAAGGUUAAAAGUCAGCUGGAUCCAAUAGAAUUAACUCUUGAAGAACAAAGACAACGUGUUAUUGUCCCCUCCCCCGUGCACGAACAAUAUAAAUUGAUACACGACAAUCUUGGUUUCGAAUUUCGAGAUCAUGACGGACAAUCUGAGCGACCAGGUGGUGCUAUGCUCUCUUUAACGCUUGGUUUACUUGUCACAGCAGCUCUGGCCAUACUGAUUGGUUGCCGAAUGCGUACAGUCAGUCGGCGCACACGUCGUAUGGGCGGAAAAGCGCCUUAUUCACAUGAGGCAGAUUUUUUAGUAAAUGGAAUGUAUUUGUAAGGAAAAGAUCAUAUAACAAAUAUUGAGAACUCACAUUUUAGACUUUCCAACACACUAACCUAGAGCGGCUGUGGUGAUUCUAGCAAAAAAAAAUACCUAGAAGAGAUUUUCAUACUAACAAAUGAGUGAUUUAUUUACAUACUGACAAAGACCACAUAGCUAUAGCCUUAUUACAAACACUAUAUACUAUAUGUAUAUAUAAUGGCACUUAACCCAAAUAUGUAUGAAAGAAAGUGAAAAGUUUUCGCUACCUGUAAGUUUCGGAUGUUUUGGUAGAAACAUUAGAUAUACAUAUGUACAUAUGUAUGUAUGAUAACAAAGUUGAACUGCUGUAGAGAAAAAAGAAAACAUACUUUAACGGAACUGAAUUAACGGUAAAAUGAAAUAUUUCUAAAUUAUUAAAAAUACAUAUAAAUUCGAUAUUAUUUAAUAUUUUUUUCUUUUGGAAACAUAAGAAGUUAACUUUUACUAAUGAGCUGUAAAAAUCAGUAGAGCUUGUUAAUCUCAGGGUUGUAAGGGAAAUUUAUUUCUGCUACUUGUAUUGUUAACUCUUUUAUUGUGAAAUAUUGCUUUAUUUUCUUCUCUCUAUUGAUGUUAAGGUUUUAUAUUUUCUGCCCAUUAUCCACGUAUACUUCGUAGGUCUUUUCCCGCAAAUAUUAUUUGUACAGUGCACAGUACAGUAGGGCUCCAAAAAGCAUGUGUGAUGAAUCACAUCAUCGAAAUUCUAAUUUUGUUAUUUACAAGCUCACCUAGAUACCUAUAGACUUGUGUAGAGAGAGUAGAAGGCAAUUCCCUCACUGAAAUCAGCAAAUUGUGUGCAAUAAAUAUCCAUACACCGUGCUGUAAUCAUUCGAAAUAACGGUCGUAACUAAAAUGUUAAAUGUUGUUUUGUACAAAUGAAUUUGCACAUGAAAACAUAAUAUUUCACUUGUGUAAGAUAGAUAUUGUAUAUUCUACCACUUAUCACAUUAUACAUUUGAAAAGGUAUGUUUCAUAACAGUCGAAUUUUGUCAACGACGCCAAUUCGGCAAUACUGCAACCGAAAUUAUACAAUUUUCUCUCAUCAUUUACGGUGUAAUACCUUGGGAUUAGUUCAAGCCAAAUUUUUACCCAUUCCAUAAAAUCACUCCUUACCAAUUUUAAAUAACUUAAACUUGGCGUUCGUUAGCGCAAUUUAUUUUCAUAAGUACAUCUGAAAUUCUCAGUAAUCGAACCGCUACUUUUAGUCUUAUAUUCCAUGUUCAAAUUUUUAAGUUCGUACGUAUCAUCAGAUGGAUUUUUACCUUCAAACGAAAUUUUCGAGAAAUCGAUAUUAUUUUGCAUUAUCGGAUAGUAUACACUGU